UCGUGCAUAUGGCGAAUGGAUGGUGCAUCGAAGGCCUGGUGCGUUCAGUCGUGCGUCAGACACAGAGGUCCUCCCCUUGUGUUUCUAUGUUACUGCCCCCCUCUCUCGCUCUCUAUCCCCCUCCCUUCCUCUCUUCUCUUCUGGCGUCCCCCAUCCCCCAUCGCUUUAUGUGCUUCCAUACAGCCUGAAAAAUCAACCGGAGGAGGAAACCUUCACACUCGCGGAGAAUAGACUGACCCUCACAGACUGGAUCAGGGUGACCCAUCUAAACUAUCUCGCACUGAUUUGCAUAUCCAUUCUUCCUACCUCCUUCAUUUGCCUUUCCUUCACUGAGAAUGGCAAGCGGGCAUUCCACUGACAAAUUCAGUUUUCUGUACCCAACAGACACCAGUCAGAACGUUAAGAGUAAGAACAGGCUGUCUUCCACCAUGAACCCGGUGUACAGUCCAGUGCAGCCGGGAACCCCAUACGGAAACCCCAAGAAUAUGGCAUACACAGGUUAUCCUGGAGUUUACCCUACGACUGCCCCGACCUACACAGCCAACCUUUACCAGACAGGUAGCCCGGGAUACCCACCAGUGCUGCUGGUGAAGCAGGCCUGGCCCCAGACGGCAUCUGCUCCGGGGCCCGCAGAAGGCUCCUAUGACCUGGCCAUGGACGCUGGCUCAGAGAGCAGGCAGUACCAGGCCUCAUCUACAGCAUUCAGAUAUACUGCAGGAACGCCUUAUAAAGUGCCCCCUACUCAGACCAAUGGAGCCCCUCCACCCUAUUCCCCGUCUCCUAACCCCUACCAGACGGCCAUGUACCCCAUUAGAAGUGCCUAUCCCCAGCAGAACCUCUAUGCUCAGGGUGCUUAUUACACGCAGCCAGUGUACGCCGCCCAGCCUCAUGUAAUCCACCACACCACCGUGGUCCAGCCCAAUAGCAUCCCCUCCGCCAUCUACCCCGCUCCUGUACCUGCACCCCGCUCCAACAGCAUGGCCAUGGGCAUGGUGGCCGGAACAACGAUGGCCAUGUCUGCCGGAACGCUGCUGACCACCCCUCAGCACACUCAGAUCGGAGCACACCCCGUCACCGUGCCAACGUACCGACCCCAAGGAACACCUGGGUACAGCUACGUGCCACCUCACUGGUAGAGCCCACCUGCCAAUCAUAUCUGGAGUCAAACAUUGUAUGCAACUACUCAAAUCUUACAUCGGCGCUCUGUGCUCAACAGUGAGGCGCCACGUCUGUUUGCAAGAACAAAAAGAGAAAAAAAGUGCAAGGGCCACUUUAUGCAUUCUUACGUGUUUUUGUAAAAGCUGCUUUUUAUCUUUUUAUUUCAUUUUGAUUUUUUUUUUUUCUUCUCUUUUUUUUGGGGGGUGAUGUUCUUGCAUUAGGUUAUUUUAAUUCUUCAUUGUUCCAUAGUUAUUCUAUAAGAACUCCAGAAUGAUUUCGACCAAUCACGACCCGUCUUUGUGUUCAGUAUAAACGCUGGUGUGUAGGAAUAUCAGCACCACUCGGAUUAUAAUCAUCCACUUACGCUGCCAAAUUGUAUAACCUUUAGAUAUUAGCACAGGGUUGGUUUUCUUUUAUUUAUUUACAGCAGAGUUUCAUUUCAAUCUUCCCAAAGCGCUUGGGAAUCGUUCAAAGAAAUUUCAUUUCUCCCUCAUUUCGUUCUGUCAUCGAUAACAAGGGUGUCUUCCAGCUUGUAGCUGUUCAUGUAGAUUUGUAAGGAAUAUAUCAAUAGUAGGGCAGUGCAAACGUGGUUUAACCUUCAUUAGGAUAUCGAGUACAUACAGUAAUCUUAGUUAUUCACUAAAUAGAGAACGUUUGAGUGAGCCGGUUACUUUAUUAGCUUAUGUGUCAGGAUAGCGUAAGCUUCGAACUAUAACGUGUAUAUGCGAUUUAUAAAAAUGUGCGCGCAGGGGUGCUCUCGCGGCAUGCGCUCACGGUGAAUAUUGAGGGAAAAAAAUCUAGCAGUGGCACUUAGCUGGAGCCUCUGGGUGCGAUGUCGUCCCGCGGGCAUCGAAACGUGUGCCAACUUUGAGGCCAGACAGAACAGAUGCUACUCUGACGGAACGAUUAGGAUCGCAUCCGAUUCAAAGGGACUUUGCGGCAUCGUAGAUAGCACUAAAAGCAACAAAAAAAACACACACGGGAGGGAUGGCGUUCCAGCAUUCAUUUCCAAUCAGCUCCGGCUCUAGAGUGGGUCUGACCCCUGGUCCUCUGUGAAUAGUUGCACAGAUUUUAGGCGUAGAAACGGAGUUGUUCAAUGCAAUAAUACGAACGGCCUGCUUGAAUGGCGUUUAAUUGUAAUUUACAGCAUUUGUAGAGAGAUAAAGAGAGAAUUUUGAUUUCCUGUCCCGAGGCCUCGCCUGUAUCCAUGAAUAGUGUACUCAGAAGUGACAUAUCAAGUAUUCUAUGAAAUGUUGUUAUCAUACCCAAGCAUUGCACAUUGACAAAUAGACGUAACUUAAUAACCAAUUAUACGGUACACUCUCAUAUUUAAUGAUGUAAUUAAGAAAAUCAAGCAUUUACUCUGCAAACCAUUAGUCUUGGUCAUGUCUCUGGAAGUAAUAUUAUUGUCAGUACAGAACAGUAUCACUCUUUUCGUUGUUUUGUUGGCUAAGCGACCACCAUUGCGAUAUAUAGUACACUCAAAAGUGGGAAGAAGCGAUUCUCUGAUCUUAUGUGAAAGUCAUAACGUCUAGUAAUGCAUGUGUCAUGCGGGUGAAUGCAGUAUAGUGUAAUCAGAUGGAAACUAUGCCCUUGCGAAGCAUGGUUGCAUCAUGUUGA